CUUUUACUAUAGUCUCAACUAUUCCUUUCUUUCUCUCACACCUAUCGAUUAAAUCAGAGAAACACCAAAAUCCCUGAUUCACUUUGUCUGCUGCUGCUUCACUAUUACUACUUCGACAUCCAGAAGAAACUGAAGAGGAAGAAGGGUUUCAUUUGUAUCUGUGGCCAAAUCAAUCAAUCUGGUAAAGCAUUUCUCUGUUACCCACCAAUUUUGUUCGAUUUAAUUUUAUUUCUAGGGUUUUUAUUUAGGGGUUCAAAAUUGCAUCUAAUUGCUCCAUUUUGCGGAAGAUAAUGUUUCUCAUCAGUAAUUUUAGAUGUAAUUCAUGGUAACUUCGAACAUUUGGGUUCAACCCGUUUUCACUUUGUAGAGCAAUUAUAUAGAGAAGGGGAAUUUGGUUAGGUAUUCGCCUAAUUAGAAAAUAAAUUUGGUGAAUUGUGUGAAAAUAUGGUUGGAAGUAGUUCAUGGGUUCAAGUUUCGGCUCGCCCUAGUCUGUUAUCCUUGUCUCCUGUUAUUACACAUCCAAGUGACUCCUUAUCAUCGUCCUCGUCGAGGAGUUUCUUACCACAUUUACCUAAUAGAUCGUGGAAGAAAACAACCAGGGUGCAGGCAAGUUCUUCCAACAACACCGGGCAGGAUUCACGACCCUCGUCAUCAGUGAAAAAGAACCCAUUGGCAGUUGUUUUGGGUAUUCCAGGGACAAUUUGGAAGCAGACGUUGCGUCCGUUAAGUGAUUUUGGAUUUGGAAAGAAGAGUGUGUGGGAAGGUGGGGUUGGGUUGUUUGUUGUUUCGGGAGCGGUACUUCUUGCGUUGAGUUUGGCUUGGUUGAGAGGUUUUCAGAUGCGCUCGAGAUUUAGGAAGUAUCAAGCAGUGCUUCAGUUUACUGAGGCUUGUGGUAUUAGUACCGGUACAGCUGUUAGGAUCAGAGGUGUGACUGUUGGGAGUGUCAUUCGGCUCAACCCAUCAUUAAAAAGCAUUGAUGCAGUGAUUGAGGUUGAAGAUGAUAAAAUAUUCAUACCCCGAAAUUCACUCAUUGAAGUGAAUCAGUCUGGUCUUCUUAUGGAGACUAUGAUUGAUAUUACCCCCAAGGAUCCGCUUCCCACGCCUUCAAUGGGGCCACUUGAUACAGAUUGUGCUAAAGAAGGUCUAAUUGUGUGUGACAAGGAAACGAUUAAGGGAAGCAAGGGUGUAAGUUUGGAUGAAUUAGUCGGUAUAUUUACCCGUCUUGGGCGGGACAUGGAAGUGAUUGGUGUUCACAAAACCUUUGACUUGGCUGAAAGGGUGGCAUCCGUUAUUGAAGAGGCAAAGCCGCUGCUUGCAAAGAUUGAAGCCAUGGCGGAGGAUUUAGAACCUUUGCUAUCUGAGGUUCGUGAUAGUGGUCUUCUAAAAGAAGUCGAAGGUUUAACAAAAAACCUAAGCGCAGCAACUGAAGACAUGAGGAAGAUGCAUUCAUCCAUUAUGACCCCUGAGAACACUGAGCGAAUUCGCAAGUCCAUUUAUAGCUUCUUAUUUACUCUGAAGAAUAUUGAGAACAUAAGCUCUGACAUCUCAGGCUUCACUGGAGAUGAGCCUACUAGACGAAAUUUGAAGCUGCUCAUCAAAUCAUUGAGCAGGUUACUGUGAAGAUGGUAGCUGAAUGACUGACAUUGAAAAACAGAGCUGAGUGGAAUAUUCGCGUGCAGAUAGAAGAGGUUUUUUCUUUUUUUCUGGUACAGAGGAGUGAGAAAGAGAAAGAAGUCGCCAGCACUAUUGACUUGUCUAGUUUUUCGCCUGCAACAAUAGGGUACUAGUCUUAAAUCGAUUUUUUUUAGUUCAUUUUGUGCAUGCUUGUGGAACUCCAUAUAUUUGUUAUGUGGCAAGGGAAUGAGAAGAAGAAUUUGGGUGUUUCUGAUCAAAUUCUUUUCAUUGGUUUAUCACAUUGGCUAGAAAGGCAGAAAAAGCAGGAAGGUGUGUUCUGAAUGAGCACAAGCAGUCAGGCAUGGCACCACACUGCAGCACAAAUGUUGGAAUAUAUUAUUUGAAUUUGUUGUCAAUAGGUAUUACACUGUUUUUGCUAAUGAAUAAGGUCCUAAUUUUAUGUCA